AUGGGGAGCACCGUUUCGGACUCGGAACCGGCGCCGCAGGCAAUCCUUCGGGGUCACACGAGCCCAGUGACAGCGCUCUGUCUGCUGGGGCAUAGCGAACGCGCUCUCAAGUCAGCUAAGCCACGCUCCGGUGUAUGGGAAGACGCUCCCACAAUAAACUGGCCCCGUAUUGUCGUCUCAGGAGACUCGCGAGGUAACCUGCUGGUUUGGGAUCUAGACCUCGAGCAGGUCAUCGCUAACCAGAAACAGAGCACUGAGGCGCCACUGCUCUCCAUUGAGGCAGCAACCGAUGAGCCGAACCUUCUCAUAACCCACAGUCGCGAUGGUUGCGUCAGAGUCAUCCAGAUGGACCAGUUAUCGAGUUCCGUGGCGGACAUGAGGCAUGCGGCUGGUGAGAUGCUGGAGCCUUUUCCGAUGUCCAGAGGACGAGUGCUAUUUCGGGGCGAACCGCACGGCUUCUGCCGCCCAGGGAUCAUCGAGUUCGCAGCAUCCGAUCGCAUCCUUAUAGCCACCAGUGGCGGUAAAAAUCAUGAAUCCAUCUACCUGUGGGAUGCGCGGGUCAGCAGCGAGAAACCCGUUGGUAAGCUCUGUCGUGAAGGGACUCUGGAAGCGAGGCGAUCAUCUUCGACCACAGCUGGUGGCGAUGGGAUUUCCGCGCUUUGUUUAUGUAUGAAAGCCUUGCCUGCAGAGCGCACACUUCUCGCAGGCUACGAAGAUAAUCACAUGUGUGCCUGGGACUAUCGCGGACGUUCCGAUUUACCGGUUGCGGAGGUUCCCGUGUUCCGGCACGCUCAACCGCUCCUAGCGCUGGACAGCAUCCGUCCGCUCGCCGUAGACGGCUCGGAGCGGUUCUAUACUCUCGCGACGAGCGGUUUUCAUGGACAAGUUGCUAUGAUGCGCUAUGCACCAGCGACAGCCUGCUUUGAGACCACUGCACAGCUCACUGUGGCCAACGCGGCGAUCUCCGAACUCGCCUAUCGUCCGAGUGAUACCCGCAUACUCGUUGGAGGAUGCUCAGAUCACGGUGUUCGGGUACUUUCGGCCAAGUCGCCGUACAGAAAACUCGCACUGUUGCGAAAACACCGCGGUGCCGUUCGAUGCUUACGGUUUGCUGACUUUGGUUCAGUCUUCGCGACCGGUGCUGACGACUCCGCUAUCGCCAUCUGGACUAUCUAUGAUACCUCAUUUAUUUCCAAUGCUUAA